AUGGCGAAGGAGCAGACGAGGGAAAGGCAUCUUCGGUCUAAGAUGCACGCAUGGAUCAGAAACCAUAUACUUCUUAAUUCGUUGAUGGGAUGCAGGCGUCACUGGCGAUGGUUCCGCGAAAGCGCUUUCAUGUUCUCCCUGCUCGCCGCAGGGGUCACACAUUCGGUGGCCACCGCCUGCAGCCUGGGCAAGCUGAACGGCUGCGGUUGCGACCAGAGGCGGACGGGAGGAGAAGAGGACCAGAACCUGCGCUUCAAACUCUACCAGCUCCGGGUACAAGCCUUGACCCAGGGCCUCCCCGUCUCCAUUCCCAAGCCCGAGGAACGUUUCUCCGGGAUCCAGGACUCCUGGGAAUGGAGCGACUGCAACCACGACAUUGAGUUCGCGGAGAAGUUUUCCAGGGACUUUCUGGACUCGAGAGAGACAUCGAGGGACAUCCACGGGAGAAUGAGACUCCACAAUAACAAGCUGGGAAGGCAGGCAGUCAUUGACAACAUGAAACGCAAGUGUAAGUGCCACGGCACUUCUGGCAGUUGCCAGUUUAAAACAUGCUGGCAAGUGACCCCUGAUUUCCGACGGGUCGGAGCCGUGCUAAAGGAGCGCUUCCACAACGCAGUCCUCAUCAAAACUCACAAUAGGAAUACAGGCCAGUUCAGCCUCAAGCAAAGCAGGAGGCGGAUUUACAAGGACAUGGUGUACUUCGAGAAGUCUCCCGAUUUCUGCGAGAAGGAUCUCGGCACGGACUCGCCGGGGACACGGGGAAGGGUUUGCAAUAAGACCAGUCAAGGGAUGGACAAUUGUGACAGUCUGUGCUGCGGGAGAGGGCACAACAUCCUCAAGCAGAGCCACAGUGAACGGUGCCACUGCCGAUUCCAUUGGUGCUGCUACGUGUUGUGUGAUGAGUGCAGUGUGACUCAGUGGGUCAAUGUCUGCAAAUAACCAGCGACAAACCACAACUGGGACACCUUUUCCUUCAGUCUGCAUCCUGGGAGACAUCAUAUUCCGCUUGGGGAGUCUGCA